AUGGGGACGUCACAACCUACCAUGAAGUCUAUCCUCGGGAUCUUAUUCCUGUGUCUUGUCCAGAUUUCCGCCGCGUUGAAAUUCGACCUGCCCGCCGUGAGCGGAAAGAACGAGCGAUGCAUCCGCAACUUCGUCUUCAAGGAUCAGCUUGUCGUCGUCACAGCUAUUGUGAGCGGUCAGAAGGGUGAUGGACAGAAGGUCAACAUGCAUAUCAAAGAUGCCCUGGGCAAUGACCACGGUCGCCCGAGGGAUGUUGUAGGCGAGACUCGCCAGACAUUCACUUCUUCGGAGGAUACUGCUUUCGAUGUCUGCUUCGAGAACAAGCUUGAAGGACGGUCCGGUGUUGCGAACCCCUAUCGGUCGAUUGAACUCGAUGUCGACAUUGGCGCCGAUGCUCGUGACUGGUCUAGCAUCCAGGACCAUGAGAAGCUUAAGCCCCUCGAAACUGAUCUCCGUCGCAUCGAGGAGAUGGUGCAAGAAAUCGUCAGCGAAAUGGAAUACCUGCGUGCGCGUGAACAGAAGCUGCGCGACACCAACGAGAGCACCAACGAGCGUGUGAAAUGGUUUGCGUUUGGCACAAUGGGAAUGUUGAUUGGAUUGGGUGUUUGGCAGGUCAUUUAUCUGCGGGCUUACUUCAGGUAUGUAUUUCUGCUCUCCUGCAAUAAACACACCAGCAGAGCCACCAUGUCUGCCCCAAGACUCAUCCAGCGCUUCGCGCGACCCUCAACGUCGCAAUUCUUCCCCAGAACAACUCUCGUCCGUCGCUCCUUCGGCAGCUCGGCAAUUCGUCCCAAAGACGAUAACAGCCGCCCUGCCUACCCCGGAAAGGUUGAGCAUUUCACGGGUGGCCGCCAGGAGACGGGCGCGCAGAAGCCAGAGCUGGGUGUGGGUGAGAUGGAGGGUAUUACAUUUAAGGUGGAGCCGCUGAAGCGGACUGGGGAGGAUGUUUCUACUAUACGGGCCCGGUUGUUAUACCAGAGCCGGAAGCGAGGAAUCCUCGAGUCCGAUUUGUUGCUUUCUACCUUUGCCGAUGUUUAUCUUUCCAAGAUGAACAAGGAGGAGCUCCAGGAGUACGACCGGUUCCUCGACGAGAAUGACUGGGAUAUCUACUACUGGGCCACGCAGGAUCCUCCCACCGAAGGCAAUGUCGCUGAGGAUACCCCCACCGAGACCUGGAAGCGCACUGGGGCUAAGAGCGGCGAAUGGGCCCAGACGGUCGGUGCCUACAAGGCUGCUUACCGGCCCGUGCCGUCUCGCUGGGCUGAGUCGGAGGUCUUGCGCCUGCUCAGACAGCAUGUCCAGGAUAACAGUGCUACUGGGUUCCAUGCUGCGAAGAGUAAGAAGACGGGUGGUGCGGGACUUGGCCGCAUGCCGAAUGUUCAGCUGGUCCUUCGCGGUACCCUCGAGGGUCACAAUGGCUGGGUUACUUCCCUGGCUACCUCUUUGGAGAACCCCAACAUGCUGCUCUCUGGCAGUCGCGACAAGACCCUGAUCAUCUGGAACCUUACCCGCGACGAGCAGGCCUACGGUUACCCCAAGCGCAGCCUCGAGGGUCACUCUCACAUCGUCUCUGACUGUGUGAUCUCCUCCGACGGUGCCUACGCUCUGUCCGCCUCUUGGGACAAGUCUCUCCGCCUCUGGGAGCUCGCUACCGGCGAGACCACCCGUACCUUCGUUGGCCACACCAACGACGUCCUCUCCGUCUCCUUCUCCGCCGACAACCGCCAGAUUGUCUCCGCUUCCCGUGACCGCAGCAUCAAGCUCUGGAACACCCUCGGUGACUGCAAGUUCACCAUCACCGACAAGGGCCACACCGACUGGGUCUCCUGCGUCCGCUUCAGCCCCAACCCCCAGAACCCUGUCAUCGUCUCCGCUGGCUGGGACAAGCUCGUCAAGGUUUGGGAGCUCGCCUCCUGCCGCCUCCAGACCGACCACAUCGGUCACUCCGGCUACAUCAACACCGUCACCAUCUCCCCCGAUGGCUCCCUCUGCGCCUCCGGUGGCAAGGACGGUACCACCAUGCUCUGGGAUCUCAACGAGUCCAAGCACCUCUACUCCCUCCACGCCGGCGAUGAGAUCCACGCUCUCGUCUUCUCCCCCAACCGCUACUGGCUCUGCGCUGCCACCGCCAGCAGCAUCACCAUCUUCGACCUCGAGAAGAAGAGCAAAGUUGAUGAGCUCAAGCCCGAGUACAUCGAGAAGGGCAAGAAGAGCCGCGAGCCCGAGUGUGUCAGCUUGGCCUGGAGCGCUGACGGCCAGACUCUCUUCGCUGGUUACACUGACAACAAGAUCCGUGCCUGGGGUGUCAUGUCGAGGGCAUAA